AUUUUUUUCUAUUCCUUGGCGCAACUGGCAUACUUUUUUAAAACACCUUGGUUCAUGCACUUGCUCUAGAGCUUAUCACACAACUCUUACAUUCACUUUGCUCCUCUCCACUCAGGCCCCUGGUUUUCUUAACCAUCAACCGAUCUUAUGUUUUACACUUUAAACGGGAUGCCGAAUGUCGUGAAAGCAAUGGACAUGGCCAUUGUGGCCAUGCUGGCAUUUAAUAUUCUGCUGCUGCUCAUUAUCUCCCACCACAUUCCACGUCAAGGCCACAUUUGCCAUAGCAACGUAGUCGACGAAACAAGCUACCCAGUGGAUGGACGGCCUGUGGGAAUGCAGCAUAGGUGCUGGGACAUGUAGGCUAGAUGCUCAUCUAGACUGACAAACCAACGAUUUCAACAUGGCAGUAACCAAUUUCACCUGCGUUCGACCUAAUCCAGUUCCAGUAUGCACGCAUUACUAAU